UGGCUACAUGCUAGAGUCACUAGACGAGAAGACUUGCGUCCCUCUCCCCGUCCUCAAUGAAUGCAAUGAACUCCCAGACAACAGGUCUGAAAUCCCAACACCCAGUGCAGCUUUGCAUUACCCUCACUUGAGAUUCAUAGCCAGUGAGAUUACCCCUUAGACUCCUGUGCCCAGAUACUGCUGUUGCUAGGGAGAGAUAUUUUGAGUAUACACAAGAUCAGAAAACAGAUCAACGGCCCUGACAAUGCCCCAUUCGCUCAAAAGCUAGACCUAGGCUGGGUGGUGAUCGGUGAUGUGUACCUCGGCACAGCGCACCGCCCCUCCUCAGUCACUUCCCUCAAAACAUGUGUCUUGGGAGACGGCUACCUCACAUCCUGCUCCAGCCACCUGUGUGUGAAAGACCCUCCACACAGCCACUCAGUCCUUCAUGAUCCUCCAUCUCAGCAAGCCGCUGUCCACACUGCUCCUCUGCUGCACGGGCAAGACCUGGAAUCCUCCGUCUUCCACUGCACCGACAAAGACUACCAACCUGCUCCGUCCAUCGAUGACUUCAACUUCCUGAAGAUCAUGGAUACUGAGGCUGGCGGUGCAAUGCAGUACAUAUGCAAAUGUACAUGCUGGAGGGAGCAUCGAGGUGGAACAUGGGCCGGGCCAAGGAGGCAGUAGCUGUGGAGGGGGCCUCAACCCUCAGAACCUUAGAUGUCCGGUUGAUGUCUCACCUCAACAACAUGAGCCAACGGGUCCAUGGUUGUGCUCUGGUUCCAGAGUUCACCCCACCUGGGAAACCUACUGGGGAGCGCAUUGCUGUGGAGUAUCUGUUGGCCCAGACCAACAGAGGUGACCUGCUUGCUUCAAAGCAGGUGCCUGAAAUCCUCUCACAGGUGCUUGAGGAGGACGAGGAUGAGCCAGAUACCACAUGUGCAUGCCAGAUGAUCUUGGGGCUGUUGAGCCUGAGGCUGCUCUCUCUCUCCAAUCAGCUGAGCUUGGGGCUGGUGAUCCAGAUCCUCCAAGUGCUGUGGAAGACCAGGUGUUGUUGGAGGGUGACACUGAACCGGGACCUCUUGUCACAGAGACCAGCCAAUGUGACUCAAGAGGCGUUGUGGGAUGGGAGGCAGUUGAUGCACUAGCAGCCUACCUAGUUGACUUGAACCGCACAAUCACCGCUUUGUCAGUCAAGGAGGACGCGGACAUAGUCCACCUGUAUACAGCUCUCCAUGCCAUGGACAAGGCAACUUCAAGGUACGCCCAGAAGGCUAAGAAGAAGGGACGGACGUGCAUCAGGAGGACCAUGGAGAGCACCCAGGAAGCCAAGUGGCUCUGCUCCUGGACAGCAGGCAGCAGAGAGACUAUACAUGACUCACAGCCAAGCAGCCCAGGACCCUGAAGUACACAGGGUCAGUGAGUGUGUUUGCCUCAGACUGGCCAAAGAGUUUGAGCAAGCACGCAACAGGCCAAAGGACACAAAGGGAAAAACCAUGCCCAUCCCUCAGUCCAACAGCUGCUGGAGGACAGCAGGGUUGUCCUGGACCAGACCCACUUGGUUCUGGUGCAGAUUAACAACACCACUGGUCCUUCACGGCUACUUAGGAGGGAUAAGCGGAAGGACAGGGACAUGCUGCUGCAAGGCACCUUGCUCUGGCAGCAAACAGGCCUGUGUCGUAUCCGCCAUUUCUACCUCCCCUGUUCCCUCCACAAUUUGGGCCAGCUCCUCCGUUCCUGCAAGCUCCUCCGUUCCUGCAAGCUCCUCUAUUCCUGCAAGCUCCAUCAUUCCAGCAAGCUCCUCCAUUCCUGCAAACUCCUUACCAGCAAACGCCUCCAUUCCUGCAAACUACUCACCAGCAAGCUCCUCCAUUCCUGCAAACUCCUUACCAGCAAACUCCUCCAUUCCUGCAAACUCCUCCUGACCAGCAAGCAUCCCUUCCACCUCAGCCAAGGCAGCGUGCCUGGAGACAGCAUAAAGCUGCCCAGGAAGAUGAGGAGCUAGUGGCUAGUGGAAAACCACCACGGAAAAGGCUGACAAAGGAGGAGUAUCAUUACACCUGCAAGGAAUGUGGCCAGGAAAAAAAUAAAAGGACUGGACACACCCAGCUGAAGGGGCGGUGGUACUGUCCAGCCUUAGGACUGAUCCUGGAUCAGUGGAAAACCAGUUUGUAACAUUUUGUAAUAUUGUAAUAUCUGUAUUUAUUGUAUUGUAAUAUUUAGUUACGUUGUUACAUUACCAGCUGCUCUCUCUCUGUCUAUUUGUCUGUCUGUCUCUCUCUCUGUCUAUUUGUCUGUCUGUCUAUCUCUCUCUCUGUCUAUUUGUCUGUCUAUCUCUCUUCCUGUCUGUCUGUAGAUGGUUUCUAAAAUAUUGUUACAAUGUUAUAAUAAAGUUUGAUCAUUUUA